CCCGUGGUGUAGCUUGGUACACGACAGGCGAGCCGAUUUCCCGCGUGUGGGGCACCUCGCUGAGCCGUCAAGGAGGGGACGGCGUGCAGAGCGGCUUCGUCACCGCGGAAAUAGAGGGAAAAAAGGUGAUGCUCCUCACCACGCCGGUGUAUUCGGAAGAGGAAGGCAAAGUAAAAGGUCGUCUGCAUCUUUGGCUGACCGACAAUUCCCGCGUGCACGAUAUCGGGCCGGUGUCUCGUGAAGUCGAUGACGCCGCUGCCAGUUCCCUGCUGUACAGAAGCGGUGCACCGGAGGAGUUGGUUCUACUGUACGAGAAGAAGAAGGAUGGAGACUCUUACGGCCUCGUAUCCCUGAGCUUGGCAAAGCAGCUGGAGCAGAUCAAGUCCGUGGUGCAGACCUGGAAGGAAAUGGACGCCGCCUUGCAAAGCUGCUCUUCCUCUGCCGCUGUUGGCACGCGGAUAAAUGGCGUGUGCAACAGUCCUGUUCCCACGGAGGGGCUGGUGGGCCUUUUGUCCAACACACUGGUCGGGACCGCGUGGGUGGACGAGUACCGCGGCGUGAACGCGACUGUUCAUGGAGCAACAACAAAGUUUUCGAAUGGCGUGACGUUCAGCGGCGCCAGAGCGGGGGCGGAGUGGCCCGUGGGAAGCAGGGGGCAGAACCAGCCGUACUACUUUGCGAACAACGGAUUUACGCUUGUGGCGACGGUGACGAUCCACGCGGUGCCGGACGAGGACACGCCUUUGCUGGGCGUGAGGAUGAAUGACACAGAGGGCACCGUGCUCCUGGGCGUGUCGUACACGAGCGACAAGAAGUGGGAAGUGACGGCCGGCGGUAAGAGCCGGAGUUUGACAGAUGGUGGUGAUGUGACGUGGGAGGCAGACACAGCCUACCAAGUGAUCUUGCAAAUGGAUACUGACGACGAGUUGUCUGUGUACGUCGACGGGGACGAGAUCUACGAUGGCGAAGAUGAAGAUGAAGAAGAUGAUGGCGGCAUCGCUUCUUGGGUGGGAAAACUCUUUACGCCGCACAGGAUCUCGCACUUCUACGUUGGCGGGGACGGGGCGGAGGACACGAAGAGCAGCCACCACGUGACGGUCUCCAGCGUCCUGCUGUACAACCGCGCACUGGGUGAAAAAGAGAUUACGCAGCUCGCAGGGAGCAAAGUGGCUCUUGGAGGACCAGCUGCCGGGAAGAAAGCGGCGAGCUGCAGGCGGCUCCUUCGGUGUUCACCUCUGUGGGUGGGGAGGCUGUUCCCGAAGUGA